UGUUUUGACUCUUCAAAAACCAAAAAAAGAGAGUCAUUAUCUUCUUCAUCACUCUCACACACACACACUCUCUCUCUUCUCUUCAACCAAACAUGGUUUCCCCUGUCUCACUCUCCCUCAUCCUCUCCUUCUCCUUCCUCUUCCUUUCACAUUCACAAUCUUCGCCAUCAGAGCUCGACAUUCUCCUCGACAUCAAAUCCUCUCUCGACCCACAGAAACGCUUCCUCACUUCAUGGACUCCAGACUCCGACCCUUGCUCCCCCGGCUCCUUCGACGGUGUCGCCUGCGACGGAAACCGCCGCGUAGCUAACAUAUCUCUCCAAGGAAUGGGUCUAACCGGAACCAUCCCUCCUUCCAUCGGUCUCCUCACUAGCUUAACCGGUUUAUACCUUCACUUCAACUCCUUAACCGGUCAGAUUCCUAAAGAUAUCUCAAAUCUACCUUUCCUCGCCGAUUUAUACCUCAACGUCAACAAUCUCUCCGGCGAAAUCCCUCCUCAAAUCGGAGACUUAGACAAUCUUCAAGUUCUUCAGUUAUGUUACAACAAGUUAAGUGGGAGUAUACCAACACAGUUAGGUUCUCUCAACAAGAUCACUGUCUUGGCUUUACAGUAUAACCAACUCUCCGGUGCUAUACCGGCAAGUUUAGGCGAUAUCCGUACGUUAACGAGGCUUGAUUUGAGCUUCAACGAUCUCUUUGGUCCUGUUCCGGUUAAACUCGCCGGUGCUCCUCUGCUUGAAGUUUUAGACAUUCGCAACAACUCCUUCUCCGGCUUUGUUCCCUCUGGUUUGAAGAGGCUAAACAAUGGGUUCCACUAUGCAAACAACCACGGUUUAUGCGGAGAUGGUUUCACAGAUUUGAAACCUUGUACCGGUUCUAACGAACCGAACCUAAACCGUCCCGACCCAACAAACCCGAAUACUUUCAGAACAACUAAUGAUGUUAAACCAGAAUCUGCGGACUUACAAAGAAGCAACUGCAGCAACAAAAAUGGCGGGUGUUCAUCAAAAGCCGCAAAGUCCUCAUCUUUAGGAACCGUCAUGGGACUAAUAGGAUCAAUACUCGCAGUUGCAAUCUUCGGCGGCUCAAUGUUCACUUGGUACAGACGUAGGAAACAGAGGAUUGGAAGCAGUCUUGAUGGUAUGGACAGCAGGGUAAGCACUGAGUACAACUUCAAAGAACCUUCCAGAAGAAAAAGCUCUUCUCCGUUGAUCAGCUUAGAGUACUCGAGGGGUUGGGAUCCCUUAGGUAGAGGACAGAACAGUAACAACAACAGUGCAUUGUCUCAAGAAGUCUUUGACAGCUUUAUGUUUAAUCUAGAGGAGAUUGAGAGAGCUACUCAGAGCUUCUCUGAGGUUAAUCUGUUGAGAAAGAGUAACGUCUCUUCGGUUUAUAAAGGUACCCUUAGAGACGGCUCUGUUGCAGCCAUCAAAUGUAUAGUGAAAUCGAGCUGUAAGUCAGAUGAAUCGGAGUUUCUCAGAGGGUUGAAGAUGCUGACGUUGCUGAAACAUGAGAACUUAGUGAGGCUUAGAGGCUUUUGCUGCUCUAAAGGGAGAGGAGAGUGUUUCCUUAUCUACGAGUUCGUCCCUAAUGGUAAUCUCUUGCAAUAUCUUGACGUCAAGGAUGAGAGUGGUGAUGUUCUUGAAUGGACUACUCGAGUUACCAUCAUAAAUGGAAUCGCCAGAGGCAUUGUUUACUUGCAUGGAGAGAAUGGGAACAAGCCUGCAAUAGUUCACCAGAAUCUAUCAGCAGAGAAGAUCCUCAUUGACCAUUGGUAUAAUCCUUCUCUUGCGGACUCUGGUCUCCAGAAGCUUUUCACGGAUGAUAUCGUCUUUUCGAAGCUCAAAGCAAGUGCUGCGAUGGGAUACUUAGCUCCUGAGUACAUAACUACAGGAAGGUUCACUGACAAGAGCGACGUCUACGCCUUUGGUAUGAUUCUGUUGCAGAUACUCAGUGGCAAAAGCAAAAUCAGCCAUUUGAUGAUCUUACAAGCUGUAGAGUCUGGAAGACUGAACGAAGAUUUCAUCGAUCCAAAUCUUAGAAAGAAGUUCCCGGAGACAGAAGCUGCUCAGCUCGCUAGACUUGGUCUUCUCUGCACUCAUGAAUCCUCAAACCAGAGACCAUCCAUGGAAGAUGUUGUGAAAGAACUUAAUAAACUCUCAUGAUGUAACAAUCUUUAUCUCCUUUGUAACUGUAGCUGAAGUACUUAGGAUGUAAAAAAACAAGUGUGAUUGUUUUCAGACCAACCAACAUGUGAAUGAAUAUGUUGUGACAUUGUCUUCA